AUGUCGGGUUGCAACGAGGAUGCCGUGCGCACCCUCUUUGCAGAGCACGGAGGCGAGACUUUGCAGGCCAAGGACUUGAUGCAUGUGAUCGAUUCAUAUGAAAAGCAGUGUGGUUCGCCCGUGGUGGCGGCUCCUAUCGCACUCCAAGUUUCCGCGUUUGCGUCGAACAAUGGGGAGCUUAUGGUAGGCGUGGAAGAGUUUCUUGGUAUGGUGCGUUCCCUUGAGCAGGAUGCCGACAGCUCUCUGGAAACGUCAGUACCCUCUCUGCUCGAUACAAACGAGGAGUCGCCGGACACCACACUCGAUAUGGGCCCGGAAAGCCCGAUGAAGCACAAGAGCGCGUAUGCAUCACAGGCGCGCGCCCAGCUUGACAGGACCUCUGCACAGGGCCGUUUGACCAGCACAAAAUCUGACUCGGAUGUAGCCGGAUUUUCCGUGCGCUCACGACUUAUACGGAAACUCGCGCGCGUCUCUGACCAGCUAGAGCGCCUGCAAAACGAGCAUGACUCCCUUACAGUCGACAAGGAACAGAGCGACUCUCACAGGGCAGCGCUGCAGCGCCAAGUCAAGACACUUCAGCGUGAGCUCCAUACAGUACGGGAACACGCCCAGCACCUCGAGGGCCAAUUGCAUCAUUUGGAAGAGACACUGACAACCCUCCGACAUGAGCGCGCCUCGCAGGCGUGCACUAUCAAGGCCCUUGAUGCUCGGGUAAACCACUUUUCCCACUUGCAAAAGGAGCAGGAAGCUGGUGCGGCGCAGCAGGAGGUCGAGCUGGAGAGUGCACGUACAUCGUGCCGUGCCUAUCUUCUACAGGUCCAGGAGCUACAGGCGACUUGUCAUGCGCAACGGCAAUCCAUGGAGCACUUAGAAGCCACCGUAAGUGUUCUGGAGUCCGCCCACAUGGAUGCAGAGAAGCUCCAAGAUGAGGUGGAUGCCUCACGACAGGUGCGCGAGCGCCUCGAAUGGGAACUACACGAGUUGCGACAGCAGACCGGUGAAUCACUCUCUGUUUUGGCUCGUGACCUCGACCCGCUGGGCGAGUGGACUCUUCGAAAGAGGCACCUGGGCCGGCAACCUGUGAAUCUGAAGCUCCUACCCUAUCGAUCACCGAGGAGUCGUCUCUUUCCCCCCUUGCCGACGGCCUUCCCAGUGCCGCCUCGGGCCUCUGCGCGAGGAGCGGAGCGAUGGGCCGACAGGCUCAUGGAUAUACUCACGCAGAAGGCGUCGGAAGAGUCGUCUGCCGAGCCGGCUGCAAUACAUGCGGGCUGGUUCCUGCUAGUCCAUCUUCUCGACCAGCGCUGGGCCGAUCUAAAUCUCUUGCACGAUCCUCUGGAUACGCCUCUCUCGACUCAGCUAUGGCUCGAACGUCAUCUAUCCACUCUUGCAUAG